GCCAACGCCGCAGGCUGCUUGUGCGAUGGCCUCGUUCCACGAUCUCACCGCCACCGCCGUGCUCCUCUUGCUCUUUUCCAUCCUCUCCGGCGGGUUGGCGCCGCUGCAAGUCCAGGCGCAGCAGCCGUACGGCAGCCAGAUCGCCGACUGCACCAACCAGCACAACUCCUCCAGUCUGCUUGGCUACUUCUGCGGCGCCGCCGGCAGCGCGCCGUCGUGCCCGACCUUCCUCACCUUCACAGCCCGGGCGCAGUACUCGAGCCUCGCCACCAUCGGGGCGCUCCUCGGCGCCGACCCCGCCAGCGUUCUGGCGCCCAACGAGGCCACCGGGGCGGACGCGCCACUCCCGGCGGGCACCAGGGUGCUCGUCCCAGCGACGUGUGCCUGCACGGCCACGCCGGGCGGCCGGUUCUACCAGAGGAACGCCACGUACGUCGCCGUGGCCGGUGACACGCUGCUCAUCAUCGCCAACAACACGUUCCAGGGCCUCACCUCGUGCCAGGCGCUCGAGGCGCAGGCCCUCCGCGGCGCGCCGCCGCAGAGCCUGGACGUCGGUCAGUCCCUCCCCGUGCCGCUGCGCUGCGCGUGUCCGAGCGCGGCGCAGGCCGCAGCGGGGGCGAGGUACCUCGUCAGCUACCUCGUGGACGUGUUCGACGACCUCACCACCGUGGCCGCUCGGUUCGGGGUCGACAUGGGGACCGUCGCGGCGUCCAACCAGUUGCAGCCGCCUUUUACCAUAGACCCCUACACCACACUGCUCAUCCCCGUCAGCGCGCAGCCUAACGUGUCGCGCAUCCAGACGCCGCCGUCGCCUCCGCCGCCUCCGCCGGUGGUAGCGCGCGCGCCUGCUCCGGGCAAGAAGAGCAGUAACCAUGUCGGGGUCUACAUUGGCGUUGCUGUGGCAGUGGUUGUUGUCGCCGCGAUUGUCUCAGCCGGAGCUUUCCUCGCAGUGAGGGCGAGGAGGAGGCGAGCCGGCGCCGUUCUAGCCACCGGCGAAGUGGCCAAGAAGGAAAGUAAGGCAGGCAACGACAGGGCGGCGACGUCGUCGGGCUUCACCGGCGGCGAGUUCUCCCUUUCCACCAGCGAGGCGUUCUCGAGCAUUUCCGUGACGGACAUCAAGUCCUCGCUGAAGGUGUACACCUACGCGGAGCUCAAGGCGGCCACCGACGACUUCAGCCCUGAGCACCGCAUCGGCGGGUCGGUGUACCGCGCGGCGUUCAACGGCGACGCCGCGGCCGUCGAGGUGGUGGACCGGAAUGUGUCGACGGAGGUGGAGAUCAUGCGGAAGAUCAACCACCUCAAUCUGAUCCGCCUCAUCGGCCUCUGCCACCACCGCGGCCGGUGGUACCUCGUCACCGAGUACGCCGAGCACGGCGCGCUCCGGGACCGCCUCCUCGCGUCCGCCACGGGCACGGCGGCGCCACUGACGUGGGCGCAGCGGGUGCAUAUCGCGCUGGACGUCGCCGAGGGGCUUAGGUACCUGCACGAGUACGCGCGCCCGGCGUGGGUGCACAUGGACGUCAGCAGCGGCAGCGUCCUCCUUGCCGGUGACGGGCCCCGCGCCAAGCUCCGGGGCUUCGGCGCCGCGAGGGCCAUCACGGGCGCCACCGCCGGCGUCGACGGCGAAGAGGGCGCCGAGGAGGCGCUGUUCACGAUGACGAGCCGCAUCGCGGGGACGCGCGGGUACAUCGCGCCGGAGUACCUGGAGCACGGCGUGGUGUCGCCAAAGGCCGACGUCUACUCGCUCGGCGUCGUGCUCCUGGAGCUCGUAACGGGCAGGGACGCCGAGGAGCUGGUGGGCGACGGCGUGGGCGAUCCGUUCGUCGCCCUGCGCGAGCUCGCGGAGGAGCUCGAUGGCGGCGGCGACGCCGUGCUGCAGCGGCUGGAGGAACUCGUGGACCCGGCGCUGCCGGCGGGGAGCUGUCCGCAGGACGCCGUGGUCAUGGUGGUCAGGCUCAUCGAGAGGUGCGUCAGGCAAGACCCAGCGCGCCGUCCCACAACCGGGGAGGUGGCGCAGCGCCUCCUCAAGCUGUCUGGGGUCUCGGUGGUCAGCUGGCGGAACUCGCCGGAGUCGCCCCGCAGCUCCGGCAGUGGAAAAGGCCUCAUGUACUAGCAGAGUAAUAGUAAUAGCAAACCAUAGGUGCCAUUGGACGCGAAAUGUGAAGGUACCAGAGAGAAAUCUUACUGUUUUGAGUUGAAUUGAAUUUUGUUCAUCGAAGGACACGAACACUGUAAACAUGUAUGUACUAUAUUGAGGGGCGCCAUGAUCCGAAGACAGGGGGCAGAAUCGCAAAGAUGACAACUAGCGAAGACCCCGCCGGGUUUCCCCUCAUCCUAGACUAAAAAUUCUCCGUUUCAAU